CUUUUAGAAAAAAAAAUAAAAUAAAAUAAAAAAAGUGAAAAAAAGAAUUAUAGAAAGAUGACUAGAAGAAGACGACGAUUUGCGUCCGGCUACCUUCUACGUAUAUAAUACUACUCAUCGGUAUGCCAAGCUAUAAUACCGAAGAACCAUUAGUGGAAUUUCUGCUAGGAGCUUAUUAGAUCCAGAAACUCGAAUACUUGAGCUAGGUUCACAUCCAUCCCUAGCUGGUCAUUCGCUUUAGUUGGUUGCAGCAGCAGGGUAGUUUUGUUAUUCUUAUCGAUCAGUAGAAGAAAUGGCGCUCAAUGGCCCCAUUCUCUGUUGUAGAUGCCCGUUGAAUGUUUUUGGAAUUAUAAUAUUGUUCUUGUUGGUGAAAAUCGUUCCGCAAUUUGGAUCUGUAAUGGCGGCGGUAGGUAUGCUUUGGCUAAUAAUUCUGGGAAUGUGGAUUGUACUUGCCUUAGUUCGGGCUGAUUUACUACGGCCAUCACGGAAACAAAUGUUUGUCGUAUCAUGUAUUGCGGUCUCAGUCGAUCCUUUGUUCUUAUACAUCCCAAUUGUUGAUGAGAACAACAAGUGCCUUGGAAUAGAUAACAAGUUGAGGAUUGCAGCUCUUGUGCUGCGCUCACUUACAGAUAUCCCUUCCGUGCUUCAUAUUAUACACCAAAUUCGUAGGGUUGCCGCCAUGCCAGAGGUGGAACCUUGGUGGAUGGACCGUGUAGAGUUGCAGAAACUGCAAAAGGAAAGGAGGUUCAAAAUCCGGCGGAUUUGUGUCCACAUUGCUAUUUAUUUUCUUGCUGUACUUCCCAUUCCACAGGUUAUGAUAUUGGUUAUCUUUUUGAGAAUGAGAGAUUCCAUAGUAUAUACAAGAACACCCAUAAUCGCUUUCCUUGUUUUACAAUGUCUGGUAAGGGCUUACCAAAUCUAUCAAUCAUGUAUCAAAUUUAAAAGGGUCAGAAGAUGGAUCAAAGGCGCAUUCAAUUUUUUGUUGUACAUCCUUGCUGCUCAUGUACUUGGAGCAUUUUGGUAUUUUAGUUCUAUUGAACGAGAGACAUCAUGUUGGCAACAAGCUUGCAAAAAUACUGCAGGAUGCAAACAUGCUUAUUAUUGCAGCAAUACAAGUGCUUCCACGAAUAUUGCAUUCCUAAAUGAAUCAUGUCCAAUAAAUCCAUCAAAUACUACACUAUUUGAUUUUGGAAUAUUCCUCGAUGCUCUACAGUCUGGUAAUACAGGAUCGGUAGGAUUUUUAACAAAGUACUCUUACACUUUCUGGUGGGGCAUUAGAAAUCUAAGUAAUUUUGGGACGAAUCUGGAAUCAAGUGGCUACAUAUGGGAAAGCUGUUUUGCAAUCCUUAUUUGUGCUAUUGGCUUGCUACUAUUUAUGUAUCUUCUCGGAAAUGUGCAGACAUAUAUACAGAUGGAAACUCAAAAAUCGCUGUUGAUUGAGGAGGAGAUGAUCAAGACAAAAUAUCAAUAUAUUGAUACGUGGAUGUCGGACUGUGGUCCCCCUGAGGAUAUGAAGGUGGAAAUCACGGGACACCUAAAAGAACAUAACGUAGUGGAAAAACACCUCUAUGUUGAUGUAGAUAUAAAUUUUCUCCUCUCUCGUACUCCCUCGUGGUUGAUUGAAUCUUUCAGGGAGUGUCUCUGCAUAAAUGCCCUAAACAAAGUACCCAUGCUGCACAAUAUGUCUCAAGUUGCUUUGAGAAUGAUGUGCGCCUAUACCAAGCCACAAAUUUACGACAAGAAUAGCUACGUUUUCAGGAAAGGACACUCUUUUGAUACAAUGAUCAUCAUCAUAAAAGGCACACUUAUAUGUAGCAAUGCUGAAGAAGUAGCAACCUCCUCAUCAAUGAAUACUGAGCCACGCAUUCUCCAGAAAGGUGAUUGUUAUGGAGAAAAACUUCUGGAGUGGGAAAAAACAGAGGAAUGCCCUACUCUAACAUCCAAGCAAGAUGUCCAAUGCCUUACACAAGUAGAAGCCCUUGUUCUCACGCUCAAGCCAGACUCAAAAAUUGAAAAUGUCAACACUGAUCGCACGAUCGAGCCACACUCAGACAUUGAAAAUGUCGAUGUCGAUUUCGACAUUAAUUCCUCCAUGAAAAAUAACAACUUGAAGAAUAUUGUCGUAGACUGCUGGAGAAAGGGACAGCGGGAUCAGAACUCUAUCAACUUGAAGAAUGUCGUAGACUACUGGAGAAAGAGACGGUGGGAUCAGAACUCUAGUACUCCUCAGUCGAACUUGACGGAUUCCGAAAAAGAAAUUCAGAGGAAACUAAACCAGAUGGAUAACCGGUCGGGAACUACGGAGACAAUUAAGGAUGAGAAGUUAAGAGAGAAGAGGAAUAUCAUGUUCAAAAAGAAAGCUAUACUUGAUUGGGUAGUGUCGAGAAAUUUCCCUGAGAACCUGAAGACUGAAAUCAUGACGAACAUGGAAGUAGGUAACGUAGUGAAAAUAGACAUGGAUGCUGAUGUCGAUGUGAAGUGGCUACUCUCUACUGAUCUUCCAGAACAUCUCCGUAUAUCGAUAAAGAAGCACCUCUGCAUGAAUACACUAAAGAGAGUACCCAUACUUGAAAAUAUGGAUGAAGACGUGCUAAUGUCGAUCUGCAAAUAUCUUAAGCCAGUGGUCUACACCGAGAAUAGCUACCUUUGUCGAACAGGUGACCGACUUGAGUUUAUGCUUAUUAUUAUAGAAGGCAUAUUCGUAUGGACCAACAGGCAUGGUGAUGCUGCAACAAGUUCCUCACCUCUGACCACCAGGGGUAUUGUGAAAGGUGAUUUCUGUGGAGAAGACAUAUUAAGUUGGGCAUCAACCAACAAAUCCUAUUCUGCUCCUACUCCUGCUCCGAUCUGGGGCAGAGAUAUUAAGUGUCAAAAAAAAGUGGAAGCAUUUGCUCUCACGGCCGAGAACUUGAGACAGGUAGUCUCUGAAAAUAAAAUCAAGUGGGAUCAGGGUUUCAACAAUUGUGCCGGUACGUUCACUGCUGGUACUACUGAGCAUAGAGCACUGGAACAGAUUAUCCAGGUUCAAGGUGACAUGCUUCGUGAGCAGCUGCUGAAUCUUGCUCAAAAUAGCAUGCUCCAAUUUCGUGAUGACAUGACAGAGUUUUUAGCAAAAUCCGGAUAUCCAGGAACACCUCCACCUGCACCCUGAAGGAUAUCGAUUAUACCUUGGAGGCUCCUACAUUUUGUUGAUUCUAUAUCUGGAAAUUGAUGUAGCUCAUAUUACCCGCACGGAUUGCAUGUGAACAUAUUUUUUAUGAUACAUAUGCAGUUAUUUAAGGAACUUCGAUCUACAAUAUAUACGUACAUGUAUGACGUAUACAUAGAAUUUAGCAGUGUGUAAGUCAUAAGUAAUCUUUAUUUGUCAUCACUGAUUGUCAGAUCUCUGUGUGCACAGCAUACAUGCGUGUAUAAUAGAAUUUUCGCUACUUUAAUAGUUUGUGAUAUGACACUUGAUUCUAUACUUGAUGAAUUCACCUUUACAUACGCAAGAGGUGGC